ACGCACGGAACGGCUUUCGGAAAAGGGAGAAGAUCCUACGUAGAUCCAUCGAACGCGUCGUGCCGCGAUCUAGUGUUAAUUUUUCUCCCGUUACGUGGAAUCAUGAAGAUACUGAUGCUGUUGAUUUUGACGACCGCGGUCGUCCUAACCGCCGGACAGAGCAUCGACGAAUGCCUCAAGCAAGACAGCAUAUCCUGCGUGCAGAAGACCCUAUACAGAACGGCUAAGGAAUUCUUCGCCAAGGAUAAGCUCGAGCUUGUGAACGGAGUGAGUCUUGUGAAAAGUAAUACUGAUGACAGAAGUGCCAGGUCCGGCAAGGAACUCGCGUACGAUCAAGAGAUAGACGCCGCUAACGAUAUCACGGAGAGACAAAAUACCCUCGAGAACUUUAUUAGCGAUGAAGCUGGACAGCUCCUGACCGGUCGCAGUCUUAGGAUCAAUCUUGCACCCGCCUUUGAAAAAAUCCGUGAAUCGGCUCGUGCCAUCAGCGAGUCCGUGCCACCAGAAAUUCGUCAGGCCGUCGACGAGAUUGUCGAAGGUCGAGGCAAGAAAAAAGGGUUGAAAGCGAUCAUACCUCUGCUGAUCGCCGCGAAAGUAAAGCUCGGUAUUUUAGCGACCCUCGCGUACUUCGCCAUCUCAAUCAUAGCGAAGAAAGCGAUCUUCGCGUCCCUCAUUUCCCUCGCCAUUUCCGCUUUUAUCGGCUUGAAGGCUCUCUGGGCGAAAAAAGCCGCCUAUCACCACGAUAUUACCCCUUACAAUAGCGGCUGGAGCGGGCCCGUCGUAUCUGGUGGAUGGUCUGGUCCUGUCGCAUCUGGUGGAUGGUCCGCUCCCGUAUCAUCCGGUGGAUGGGCCAGCAGCGGCUCUUCCGGUUGGGAAGAUCCUCACGCUUACUCUCACAGCCAGGCGUACUCUGGAUAUCAUCAUCAUUAACGAUGAUCGUCAAUAUUUUCUUCUAUAUCUUUUCUAUUUUUCCUUACUUUUUCUUCGUCGAAUGUUGGAAGAAGACGGAAAGAAUGAGAUACCGACGAAAGUCGAGUGACUCAAGCUUGACUGUUGAUCCUUCAUGGUUUGCGAUAUUAUAUGAAGAUAUUUAUUCUUAUUUAUAUCAUUAAAUAAUGAAUAGGGCGUCUGGCUCUUCCGCGUAAAAUGUACAUAAAGUUAUAUAUAUAUAUAUAUAUUAAUACUCGCUCGCGUUUGCGAAUAGAUCGAGCAGAUAAAAAUCACAUUAAGCUGAGAAGCUAGUCGCAACACGCUCGAUCGGCGGAGCCAUAAGUCGUUAAUUGUGUCUUUGUGUUACUCGUUGAGAUAUAUACAAUGUUACAUAUUACGAUUUUGCCAUCGCAACUUUAGCGCGAGCUUCGGCGCGAUCACGAUAACAAAACUCACUUGAGACGCAGUUGGUGAAUCACUGUUACAUCUAGUCCAAUACGAUGUAUAUGCAACACAGUUACAUCCUUACGAAUCUGUACGCUUCGUAAUAUGCAUGUUCAUUAAUAUUAUUUAUACAGAAAAUU